UUGGAGGCCCCGGAGUGCUGCACUCUUCUUCCGGGUGGGGCCGGGCCCGGGGCCGAGACUAUGGCGCCCUGGGCGCUGCUCAGUCCUGGUGUCCUAGUGCGCAGCGGGCACACCGUGUUGACCUGGGGGAUCACGCUGGUGCUCUUCCUGCACGAUACCGCUCUGCGGCAGUGGGAAGAGCAGGGGGAACUGCUCAUGCCCCUCACCUUCCUGCUGCUGGUCCUGGGCUCCUUGCUGCUCUACCUCGCUGUGUCACUCAUGGACCCAGGCUACGUGAAUGUCCAUCCCCAGGAGGAGGCCAAGGAGGAGCAGACAGCCAUGGUUCCUCAGGCCAUUCCUCUUCGGCGCUGUGGAUACUGCCUGGUGCUGCAGCCUCUUCGAGCCCGUCACUGCCGUGAGUGCCGUCGCUGCGUCCGACGCUAUGACCACCACUGCCCCUGGAUGGAAAACUGUGUGGGAGAGCGCAACCACCCACUCUUUGUGGCCUACCUGGCCCUACAGCUGGUGGUUCUCCUGUGGGGCCUGCACCUGGCAUGGUCUGGCCUCCGGUUCUUCCAGCCUUGGGGGCUGUGGCUGCGGUCCAGCGGGCUUCUGUUCUUCACCUUUCUGCUGCUGUCCCUCUUCUCCUUGGUGGCCAGCCUACUCCUGGCCUCACACCUCUACCUGGUGGCCAGCAACACCACCACCUGGGAGUUCAUCUCCUCACACCGCAUCACCUACCUCCGCCAGCACCAGGGCAACCCCUUCGACCGAGGCCUAACCCGAAACCUGGCCCACUUCUUCUGUGGAUGGCCUUCAGGGUCCUGGGAGAUGCUCUGGGCUGAGGAGGAGGGGGACCAAGGGGAUAGCAACCAGGCUGUUUAGGGACAAUGGAGAUCACUGUCUAGUGCUGGAAAACUGGAGGGGCCACACCCAGCUGGGCCCAGCCCUGGGAGGCCCUGGGGCUCCACACUUUUGACAGGGGCCACCCCUUCCAAGCCUCAGAGCAAACCAAGAUGCUCUACAGCCCCUCUGCAGUCAGACUAUCUCCAAAAGGGGUAAAGGCAUGGGAGGGCUCAAGCAUGAAUGGCCUCAAUUUCUGAGAGCCUCCCUCAGCCAGGCAGCUUCCAGUGCAGUUUUAUAAAUUUAAUUAUCCAUAAUAAAGUAUUAAAAAAGAAUAAUAAAGCAGAUCACUCCUCA